ACUUUUAUUUUCGUCACCCCGAUUCGUAAUUUUUAAAUUCAAAUUCAAACUCCGGAUUUGUCUUUGUACCUAAUCGCAGUGAUACGGAGCCGUAAAGAAGUCAAAUCUCUUUCCAGGAUUGAAAAAGAAGCAACAGCCAAAAAACGGCGGAUUGAAAGAGGAGAUCGUACGCGAGAAUCGCUUGCAACGGCUCUGUAGGGUGAGGAGCAAUAUCCUGCUUGUUCUCCGCUAUGGGAACGUAAUGCCUUUCAAGUGGCACACCAAAGGAUUCAGCUGUCUCUUCUGCGCCAAACCCAUGAAGGACUGCCUCGCUGUCAAAGAACAUACCUCCAAACACAGCUCCUUCGACCUAGAAAACUUCAUUCCAAAGCUCGUCUCCAAAGACGUACCAGUCAAAAUUGAUGUCACUGAUCUUGCUUGCAAACUCUGCCCCCAAAUCUUGAUUCGGACAAUCGACGAACUUGUAGCCCAUAUUGUCUCGAUUCACGACGAAGACUACGACUACACCGCCGGCGUCUGCGUACUACCAUUCUUGCUAAAUAAAGAGGUGAUGUCUUGCGUGCUCUGUGACAAACAGUUCGACAACUUCACUUCGAUCAUGUGGCAUAUGAAUAAGGAGCAUAUAUCCCAUAGCCACAUCUGCCAGAUAUGCGGUCUAAGCUUCAUAAACAUGAUUCGGUUGAACAGGCAUAUAACCAGCAGUCAUAUAGGGUUUAGGUGCUCGCUUUGUAGCAAAGUUUUCGCGUCUUGCUACAAGCUGGAUAUCCACAAAGUCCGGUUGCACGGGCACGUGAAAAGUCAUAGCUGCGAUUUGUGCAGCGAAUCCUUCGAGAACGGUUAUCUAAUGAAAGUGCAUAUGGGGAAAGUGCACAACGUCGCAAAGUACAGGAUAAAAUGUGAGUAUUGCCCGAAAAUUUGCACAACCAAAGGGGCAAUGGCGCUUCAUGUGAAGUCCGUGCAUUCGGAUGCGAGAUUCGAGUGUGACAUUUGUGAUUAUAAGACUGUUACAAAAUCUAUGAUUCGACUGCAUAAAAGGAAGCAUUUUGGGGACAGGAACUACGCUUGUAGCGUAUGUGAGAGGAAGUUUGGGAGGGCUAGCAACCUCAGUGCCCAUUUUAAGGUGCACACAGGGCACAUGGGCAGAGUCUGCAGGCAUUGCAGACGUGGUUUUACUGACAAUGAGGCGUUAGAGAGUCAUAAGAUGGAGGUACAUUAUUUUGAUCAGGAGUGAUGAGAUAUCGACCGGCGACCUCUUGAAGGUAGCAGGAAGGCGCUGGAUGCAGGCCGCUGCCAACCGGCCAUUAUGGAAAUCACUGGGUUCAUCAUCAUCUAUACAAUGUUCAGCAGUGGACGUCCUAUGGCUAAAAUGAUGAUAAUUAUGAUGAGGCAUCCGUUGAUUUUGGACUUAUAGUACCUAAGACUUCUCUGAAAAAAAGCACAGCUUUUAGCUAUUGAAUGUUUUAUCACUUUCUCUGAAAUGUUGAUUGCACUGUGAUGAAAAGAGACAAAAUGAUUUUGUAAUUAUUAAUUUUAUUAUUACCGUAUAGAUUGGUGACCUACAUUUUAAUAUUUUUGAGAUUUUUUAAAAUGCAAUUGCUAAUUAUAACGAACUAUUACUUGCUGCAUAUUUAUAAUUUGUUCCUUACUACGUAACAAUGUUA